AUGGAGUCCGCGACUUGCAACAAGUGUUUCUCAAGCGACUACAUGCUUCUGAACCCAGACGAGGCCGGUUUUCUCGACCUCGCCAAGGUUUUGUUUUCUAGCAACCUCGAGAAAAGGAAAUUUGUCGACUGUCCUGAUGGUGCGCACGAGCCGUCGUUCGGGCGUAGAUGGAUCAUUUUCGUCUCCGUCGUCGUGCAGAAAAUGCUGAAAAUGGUCGCAAAGCCCCUGGCCGGGUUCGGUUCAGGGAUCGAGCAUUGGCUGAAUUUGCUGUCGGGGAAUGGUGGUUUUUUCGGGCUUGCGGCAAAUUAUCUUAAAGGGAAGGUGGUGCGUCCGGACAGAACAUCGGCGAAUUUCUUGUCGUUCAUUGGCUGCAUUGAUAAAAGACGUGAGCUGGACCCCACCAUAAGCCACGUGGACUGCAGAUACUAUGCAGCGCUUUCUGUAAUGGCUGCCAAGGCCUCUUACGAGAACCACCAAUACAUUCAGUCUAUAGUCAACGAUCAAUGGGAGAUGGAAUACUUGGGAUCCUUCGAUUUCUGGAACGAUUACCAGGAGAAAGCCACGACACAGGCAUUCGCUCUCCAGGACAACAACGACGUCGUCAUUGCCUCCUUCCGCGGAACCGAAACCUUCGACUCCGACGCGUGGUCCACAGACGCCGACAUCUCCUGGUACGACCUCCCCACCGCCGGCAAAAUCCACGGCGGCUUCCUCAAAUCCCUCGGCCUCCAGAAGAGCCAGGGCUGGCCCCGCGAACAGGACCACCACAAGCCCCCCACCGCCUACUACGCCAUCCGGAAGCUCCUCCACGAAAAACUCGAACAAAACAGCAAUUCCAAAUUCAUCCUGACCGGCCACAGCCUCGGCGGCGCCCUGGCCGUUCUUUUCCCGGCGGUGCUUGGCUUGCACGGCGAGUCGUCGCUGCUGGACAGGCUGGAAGCCGUCUACACGUUCGGGCAGCCUAGGGUUGGGGACGAGAAGUUCAAACAGUAUAUGGAGAGUUUGAUGGAAAAACAUAAUAUUAGUUAUUAUCGAUUUGUUUACUCGUACGAUGUUGUGCCGAGGCUUCCGUACGAUGAUUCAACCCUCAUGUUCAAGCAUUUUGGGACCUGCAUUUACUAUAACAGCUUCUAUGAGGGAAAAGUUGUAGCUGAGGAGCCUAACAAGAACUAUUUUUCUCUUAUAUGGCUUUUACCGAAAAUUGCGAAUGCUUGCUGGGAGCUAAUGAGGAGCUUUGUAAUCGGCUACACGAGAGGAAAAGAUUAUCGGGAAGGAGGUUUGCUUAGGAUUUUAAGGUUUGCUGGUCUUCUAGUUGCUGGAAUUCCGGCUCAUUGCCCACAAGAUUACGUGAACUCGACUAGAUUGGGAAAGCCUGAUGUAUUUCUUUCCGCAAUUGGGCGGGAAAAUCGGAAAAUCUUGAAGACGAACUAA